AUGGACAAACCACUAUCCUAUGAUUCUCUAAAGUCGGUGCUGAAGCAAAUGAGUCUGAAAAAGAGAGAAGUCAUCAACAGACAAAUUUCGGAACUUCGCAAUGUCAACUCCCGCUUACCAUAUGUUUUGGAAAAUGUACGCAUAGGAGAGAACUAUUUUGGAACCAACGGAAGAAGUUGGGUCGCCGAAUCAGAGGCAGUUGUGGAUCCUGAAAAGAGUAAAGUGGCCAUUUACCAGAAUAAUUCACAUAAAAAAGCGGAAUAUUGUGUGAACAAAUCCCCUGAAGAGAUUUGGUACCAACUAUUCGAUGAGUACAUAAGGGAUGGGACAGUUGUCAGAGGAUCAUUUUAUUUUCGUGGAAUUCCGGAACUUGUGAAAAGAAAAAGAGAGAAUGGAAAGCAUUUAAAGAUGAAAGUGAAGAAUUUGGAGUUGAAUACUUUCGAAAAAGAGGGUUAUGACAGCUUUAUUCAAUUUAUUGAUUUGGAUGUGUUAGAAAAUGUCACUUUUGUUGCUGUGAAGAAUACGCUGGCAAUUCUUGAUAAGCCGGAGAUCCAAACCUGCAAGAACCUCACCGUUGUUGUGACAUACGGUUGUGACUUCCCAUCAGUCGACCAACUUCGUCGUCUCCGAAAUCAACAACUUCAGUUAGAGCAUCUCCAUUUCACACUUCACGAUCUACAACUGUUUGUGGAGGACUGGAUUACUUCUGGCCGUGAGAUUGGGACACGCUUCAGUUGGGCGCAAAAACAGUCCAAAGACGUUGCCGACAUUCUGGAACAUGUGAAAACGCAUUUUGGUGCUGUUGAAGCGGUCUCCAACAAACCAUAUUAUGGUAAUGGAAUAACUCUCAAUAUGGGAGAGGAUCGUGAACUGGUGAUGUUUUGUGACAAGAGCAAACCCCAGUCGGAGAAAUACAUAGACUAUUCUUGGGUUUUUGAAAUGGAGGUUGUAGCGAUCACCCCUGCAACUGGCACCGUACCAACUCUUGAUGUUUGA